AUGUAUGCUCGUUCACCAAGCUGGUUUGUCCUUAGCUCCAAGGCAACGGCAGACAUCAGCUAUGAAGCCCUGCUUCCUACAGUGAUUCUCACUGCUCUUGCUUCGGUCAUGGUUGUUCUUCGCUGGUGCAGCCGAGUCUGUUCGAGGUCGAUUACAAUCGGGCCAGAAGACUAUUGCGUCACAGCUGCCAUGGUGUUUUCAGCAGGGUUUACGGCUGUCGUUGGGCGAGGCGAGUCUGAAAUUAGUCGAGUGCUGACGGAAUCUGACUGGAGUACAGAGUUCAGCAUUGACCUUGUGCUCGCUCAAGCUAUCCUCUAUCAUCUUGCGAGUAAUCUCGUCAAAACGUCCUUGAUCCUACAAUACAUCCGCCUCUUUUCACACGUCCCGUCGAUAGUGUGCAUCUGCUACGCCCUCUUCAUCCUUGUACUCGGCGCCACGGCCUGGGGCGUGUUCGGCAAUGUGUUCCUCUGCGACCCCGUUCAGAGCUACUGGGAGAUGACAACAGCUGGAACCUGCAUGGACAAGGAGCAGCAUUUCUGGUCGACCAGUGUCAUUGGAAUUGUCCUCGAUGUCGCCAUCUGGGUGCUGCCGAUUCCCGUUAUUGGCCAACUGAAACUGCCCAGGCGACAGAAGACAGGACUGCUGGUUGUCUUUGGGCUGGGUGGAGUUGUGUGUAUUGUGACUAUUGUGCGACUUGUUCUGGUUCAGGACGCCAUGAGCCACGGUCAGGUGACGAGGUGCGGUUCCUACGCAAUCAUCUUCUCGUCCAUCGAGAUCAACAUUGCCAUCAUAUGUGCGUCGUUGCUGGUGAUGAAGCCUCUCUUUGCACGCUUUCUCCCCUAUGUCGUUUCCGAGCAGCCGCUGUCUGCGGCCGAGGAUGGGAGGACAUGCAGGGCGCUGACGGGCAUGCACCUGCUCAGCGCCGGCAUCGUGUGUGCAGCAGAGAAGAGGGAGCGCGGGGGCCGGAACGAUACGGUGAUUGAGAUGGGUUCCUUUUCGUAG